AUGUCGGAGAAGGAAAUCUCUGCUGCACGUAUCGAGGAAACGAUCGAGAAGCACCAUCCCAUAGUGAUACACGAAGGGCAUGCUCUCGAUCUGUCAGAUUGGAUUGAUCACCACCCUGGGGGCCGGCUUUCUAUAUUGCAUAUGGUCGGUCGUGAUGCUACAGAUGAAAUCAACAUUUACCACUCGAACAAGGCGCUCUUGAUGAUGAAACGGCAUCGUAUUGGUCGAGUCCGAGAACCCUGGGCCAACCUAGAACCACCGAUCCGCUCGCCUAGCUAUUAUGAGAAUGUCGCACUGCAUAAAGAGCGCGUAGACACAAGACGCCGUCGCAGUGUCGAUCCAUGUCUCGCAGCUUCCAUCAUAAGCAAAAAGUUGAAUGUAAAAGGGACGUGUUCUCGAAGGUCGGAUGCAAGUGCUGGUGCAAUCCCGGAGAAAAUGCUCUCAUCAGAUGCACGAACGUAUAACGAAUCGGUCGAGUCAACAAGGACGAUAUAUCGCCAGCGUUAUGCUACUGAGCAGGAGGAAAAGGAGAUUGCACAAGGGGUGCGUGAGAAUCCCUCUUUAGACACUGCUACGCAGCGCGCAAUCACGAUAGACUACCGCGCGCUUCAUCAACAGAUCAAGGACGAAGGGCUCUACAGAUGCAACUAUGCAGAGUAUGGAAUUGAGAUGAUAAGAUAUAUGGGACUGUUUGGUACAUUCCUUGCCUUCCUCAACGCUGAAUGGUACCUCACAUCCGCAAUGUUUUUGGGGAUGUUUUGGCAACAGAUUAUGUUCACAGCACACGAUGCAGGUCACCGAGGGAUUACUGGAAAUUUCAUCAUCGAUACACUUAUUGGUGCUUUCAUUGCAGACUUCUGCUGUGGCCUUAGCAUAGGGUGGUGGAAGUCUUCGCACAAUGUUCACCACCUGGUUACAAACAUGCCCGAACAUGAUCCGGACAUUCAAAAUCUUCCCCUGUUCUCUACUUCGCCUACAUACCUCAAGUCUAUUCUGUCCUCAUUCUACAACUUCCAAUUCGCCUGGGACUCUGCGGCCGACUUCCUGAUUCCCUACCAAAAAUACACGUAUUAUCCUGUGAUGGCUCUUGCUCGGUUCAACUUGUAUAUUCUCAGCUGGCUUCAUCUCUGUUCGCCUAGAGCAGCGCAGUUAGGUGCUGCAUGGUGGACGCGCCCAAUUGAGCUCUUAUUCAUGGCAUGUUACUGGGUACUCUUUGGGUACAAGCUUGUUUGGCUGACCCUCCCAUCAUGGCCCAUUCGCAUUGCGUUCGUACUAGUUUCGCAUCUCAUUACGAUGGUUUUGCACGUCCAGAUAACCCUAUCGCAUUGGGGCAUGCCGACAGUUGAUCUUGGCCCAACUGAGUCAUUUCCCCAACGCCAGCUACGAACAACCAUGGAUGUCGAUUGCCCUGCUUGGCUGGACUGGCUGCAUGGAGGUUUGCAGUUUCAAGCAGUCCAUCACUUAUUCCCAAGAGUACCGAGACAUAACCUAAGAAAAUGUCAAGAACUUGUAAAGGAAUUCUCUGAUAAGACAGGAAUACGGUAUCAAUGUUAUGGAUUUGUUGAGGGAAAUAAGGUGGUACUUUCUAGGCUUGAAGAGGUUGCCAACAUGGUAAAGAUGAUGAUUGAUUGUCAGAAAGACAUGGCCGAGACUGGAGAGGGAUUAGGACAUUAAAAACAUAACACCUCGAAAACCAUUCAGAAAAUAAUAAGAAUUUGGAAAAAACCAUAGAACGAAGGAAGACCUUCUUUGUCCAUGUAAGCUAGGUUCAAAUAUGCAGCGUCUAUAUGAACAGUAAUGGUUCCAAUGAAGGU